GUGGGUGCUAUCGCUAUCCUACUCGGACGCAGCAUCACCGGACAUUUCGACCGGGCAUUUCAAUUUUGAGAAAGAGUAGGACCAGCCGCGUCCCUCGCACCCCGCGCCCCGUGUGUGCCGUCUCACUCGCUCCAAGGACACACAAAAGGACGAAGGAGCGAUAACUUCAUCACAGCGUGGCGCUCUCACUCGCACGCACGCCUUGGUGGGGGACGACGUUGCGAAUUGUUAUUGAAGUCAUGCCCCCGAAGGCGACUUCGGGAAGGCUGUCAGUUGCUACUAAACGUCCGCUCGCAACGUUCGUACCCAGGUGACCCGUGUGGCCUCCGCUCUAAGUGCCGGCAGUGCACUACAAACUAUAUCGUCACGCGUCUCCGGGUUUUAAACAAGUGCCAAUUGUUAUUUGUUUGUUAACUUUGUGAUAAAACAUUAAGACUUUGUGAACUCUUUCUGUGCUUAUAAAUAUUUUUUUUGGAGAAACUUUAUUAUAUAAAAGAACAAGUGAUACGAAUAAAGUGUUUUCGGAGUGGCACAGUCGCGAGUUGGGAGCGCUCGGUUGACGUUUGUUUUGCCGGUGCCGAGCCAGGCGAGUGUUUACGCCGCGCACGUGGUGCGCCGCCCGCCCGCGCGCGGAAAUGCCGCGAAAAACUUUCUUCGACAACACCGCUGUAGUAUAAGCUGAGUUGAGACGAGGGGUGACGGGCCGCGACCAUGACUUUUACCUGUAGCGCCUGAUUGAUGCAGUGCGGACUUCAUGUACGUCGAGACGAAGACUGUUGCUUUUUUAUUAUUUUUUUUUCGUUGGAGGAGACGGUGUUCUCCGCUGGGUUGAUGAUUUAAAUGGCUAACAGCAGCGCAGUGUCGUCGACCUUACCGUCGAGGGAUUAUCAUUGUGAAGUUUGUGACCUUUACCUGGACACUGUUGAUUCUUUAAAGGUACAUGUUCAAUACCACAAAGAAAAUUUAUAUGCAAAGUGGAGUACGCAAAACUCACAAAAUGAUAGUGAAAACAACAACGGAACAAAAGUGAAGAACGAGACGACCGUUUCGGCUCCAGCCGACUCGAGUGACAAUAUGAUCACGAAGCCGAGUCCGGAGUUCCAACAGCGGGCCACGCCGGAGACCUCGGCGCAGUUCCCUCACCCGGCGACACCCCAGAGCUACCACAGCGCUCCUUCGCCCUACCAAAAUCCGGACCAGACAAAUUUUUCACCGGGACCACAGUUUGGUAACAACUAUUCACAUUCUGGGUUUCCUCAAGGCCAACAUCCUGAUCAAAUAAAUUGGGAACAGUCACAAUACAACCAAGAUUACCAUAAACCUAAUCGCUUCCACCCAUACAACAUGCAAGAAAGGGUUUCGCAAGUGUCAUCUUCGAGUCCGCUGUAUGGACAGCCACUAAACCAGCCGACGCCGUCGCCAUCCCCGAACCAGUGUGAUAAAUGUGGCUUUGUGUGCGACUCCGCGGUGCAGCUCAACGAACACUGCAACUCGGCUCACGCCGGCUCCAGUGCGAGCGCCUCCUCUGCAUCUAUGUCAUUUCAACAAUUUCCUCCAAAACAGUAUAACAAUUCCGGCUACCAGAACGAUAACACAAAGAUUAAAGAAGAACACGAAGAGUCGUCAGAUAUACUGGAUUUGGAUUCUCAAAAAGUUGUUUAUCAAGGAAAUGAAGGUGAGCAACCCAAUUCUUCAUAUGAUCAAAAUGCACCUCAAGGGCGUGAAGUAAACCCACGUACUGUACCUAUGAUGCCCUGGGAAACACAAAAGCUGUACAGCAAUCCACAACUCAAUGGGGACGUUUCUUUAUUUAAAGAUCAAAAAAUGUUUGGUGAUAAAACUUAUGCAGCUGAUACUAAAAUAUUUCAUCAAGAUCAGAAAUUCCCGUAUGUUCAAGACAAGUUUCUUGCCGUUCACCACGAUCAAAAGCCAUUUAUGCAUGUCGAACAAAAGAUAUAUCCUGGGGUACAAAUGCCGCCGCUGACCGAUUAUUCUGGGACUGUGGCUUCUUCCAAUCCUGAUAUGAAACCUCCGUAUAGACCGUAUGACUCACCUGCGGCGCCGCAAAUAACAAGCACGCAACCGACAAACCCAGCAUCUUCUGCUAUGCCCUCUAUGGGUGGAAAAGGAGCCAACUGGAAGUCUAAUGAAGCACGGAGACCCAAAACCUACAACUGUACUGCUUGUAACAAAUGGUUUACAAGCUCGGGUCAUUUGAAACGGCAUUACAAUACCACCUUACAUAAAAAUGCAGUAAGAUCGUCUGGCCAGCCCGAUCCAGCUACUAUGCCCAUCUCAAAUCAUCACCACCCGAGCCGCGAGACGUUACAAGCGCGCGCCGCACAGCAGGCCGCCGACUCCAACACGCAGAGCCCCGUGCCCUCUGAGGACGGGCGCAGCGUGGACGACGCAGCGCUGCAGUCGCCGUACGCUUCGCAGAGCUUCGACCGGUCUCAUCGUGUCGCCUCCAUGCAGUCCAAGUCGCCGUACACGCAUCUUCAACAGGGUAAUUUAGAUAAUAAUUUCAGUAAUAAUCCAUUAGCCAAUCACCCUUUACAGCAUCAGGCAGGUUCUCAUACGCUCAACAUAGGUAGUCAACCGCCUGGCAUAGGUAAUCCGGGAGACAAUAAUCAUCAGGGUACUAAAGGCGUCCCUAUUACUACAUCAGGGAAUCCCCCAAACGGGGAAGCAGGUCCCUCUGUUUCUCAAAAUCACCAUAUGAGGGGCCUGCUAUCAGUGUCAACCAGCAAUAUUUCAACUCCAGCUCUAACUCAGACUACGCCGGCGCUUACACCGCACACGCUGCCGCCGUUCAGUCAUUUGGGUGUCAACCCGUACAACCCGAGGUCUACGGAUCCUUUGGGGGGUUCGGUUCCGGACCCCACGCACACCCCAUUAUAUUUGGGUCAGAAUUUUCAGCAGACUAUAGCGCCGAAUUACCCAAACGGGAUGGCCCCCCACGUUAUGGAUAUGGCUAUCAACAACCUGCCUAUAGCCAAUCCAGUUACUUUUGGUGAAUCUUCACCUGAAACAUCUGAAGUGAUGGAACAGGACGCAUCGAACCAGUCUGCCAGCGUGCGAUUGCCAAGCUUCGCACAGCUGCAGACGCAACGGUUCGGCGUGUACGUGUCCAACUAUAUAACAUCGCCUAACGUGGGGGGUCAAGUUAUUGCUGAUGAGUCUUCCGCCGGUUACAUAAUUGUCGAUCCGGUUCACGCUCCCUUGCAAUAUACAAAUAUCGAAAUCGGUGGACAGAGUAUGGAUUAUGAAUAUAGUUUAGCUCCCCGACCAGUUAAAGAAGUCGUUUCUUAUAAUCCUGAUAAUUUAAAGAUAUAUCCGUACGGUUACGCGGUAGGGGGGAAAACGAUAAAGCGAGAAGACGAUUUUAUGCGCACGGAAUCAAGUGAGCUUCAAAUAUUAAAAAUAGAAGAUAUUAUGGAUUACGCAAAUAAAGAAAACUACAGUACGCAAAUGAAAUCCCCGGCUAGUCCCGAGAGCGCCAAAGCUGAGAAUGAGAGUCGAAGUUCUCCAUUAAUAACUUCAACGGUUCCAAAUACUCCGCUGUCGGAGAGGAACCAGCUGAAGAAGAGCGCGCCCGCAACUGUGCACAAGUGCUACGAGUGCGACAAGCUGUUCAACAAGGCCUGCUACCUGACGCAGCACAACAAGACUUUCCACUCGGGGGCCAAGCCCUUCAAGUGCGACCGCUGCGGCAAGCGCUUCUCGGACGACGUCUCUUACGACUGCCACUACAUGAAGCACACUGACAAUAAACCCUUCAAGUGCAACGAGUGCCCCAAGUCAUUUAACCAUAAAACUGAUCUGCGCCGGCACAUGUGCCUGCACUCCGGCUGCAAGCCCUUCGCCUGCGAUCACUGCGGCAAAGGGUUUAUAAGAAAGGAUCAUAUGAUAAAGCACUUUGACACUCACAUUAAGAAAAACUUGCGUACCUCUUCCUCGCCAUCGUCUUCAACAUCGCCAUCGUGAAUGACCUGCAUAGUUUUCAUAUCGUCGUCCUGGUCAGGGACAAAGUAAAGUUGUCGUGUAGACAUAUCAUUUGAAAUUUACAAAGUAGCAACUUUGCAAUAUAGUUUAACUUUGAAAGUAGGGUCGUAGGUUAUAAACGUUAGAUCUGAGCAUUUCGUUGUUCGUGCCGCGGCGCUGAUUAUGCGCCGGGCCCGGGCCGCGCCGAGCCCCAGGCACGACGCGCAACGCGGGCGCACACAUCCAGUUCGCUGGCUCACUUUUUUGUUGUUCAUUCAACCUAACCUUGUUUUCGGUGCAAGGUGACUUUACAUGCCUGGGCGUCUGAGCUCUUAAACAUGUAAUUAUAUGACGGAAUGUUAGUCCGCUCUAACAAUUUAGCAGACCCGUAACCAUAUCAAUUUUAUACAUAUGAGCAUGGACAAAAUAUCAAAGUUAUUAGUCAAAUUUUCAAUAUUUGCGGAUAAUUUAUAUACUAUAUUCAUUAUACAUUGUUUUACUAAGUAUAUAUUAUGCAUAUUAUGCUACUUCGACGUUUCUUGGUUGUCAUGUUAAUAAGAACGUACAUCUUGUUUUGUACACAAGUUAAAAUAUUUUUUGUAAAUAUAUUGGGACUUAUUUGCCAGACAUUAAUAUGAUAAUAGACUUAUUAUUUAUAAGAGAUGACUUUCUUUUGUUUAGGUUUUAUAAAAAAACCAAACAUGGCAUUAUUAAGUAGAACUUUAUCAACAUCGACGAGUCAAUAAAGAUCACAGUCCAGUGAGUGCGAAGCGCCAGCGUGGCGCGCGGCGCGCGGCGCGCGCUGGAGAGAGUGGAGAGCUCACCGCGUCGCGCGGCGCCCUGGCGAUAUUCGCAUCGUUCUUGUUCUAGUUUUAAUUUUUUUAAUAUUGACUUGUAGAAAUAUUUUCAGGUGCUUCCUAUUAUUAUUAUUUUUCUGUUAAAAUUUGUUUAAAUGUUAAGCUAGUUAACUACUUUGUUUAAAUUUCGGAAUGUUUUACGUAAAACAAAUUUAUGUCCGAUUUAAGUUACCAAUUUGUUAUUUGAACGAAUUUAGUUUACAAACAUUCCUGUUUCGUUAGUGGUAGGAAAGUAGUCUUCCUGAACGUUGCCAAAUUAUUACCGCCAACUGUCUGUUGCGAAACGAUUUAAUUUUUGUAAGUUCUAGCUUAAUAAUAUCUAAUGAAAUUCUCUAGCAAUAAUUUAACUAAUAAUAAUAAUGUAAAUGUUUUUUUGUAUAGUAUUAAAUAAAAUUAUCGUGAGUAUCGGUAAAUGUACUUAAAACAAUAUCGAAUGAAAUCUUUGUACAUAAUUGUGAGAAAACUGUUUGGUUAUAAUCAACAAAGUAGAACAUAUCAAGGGCGAAAUGUGCGUCUGAGUCAAAGUACCUCGCCGCAAUCGUUUCGUGGCGCGCUCUCUCGCCUCGCCUCGCCCGGCGCGGCGGUGGAGCGCGGCCCGAGGCGCGAGCCGCGAGACCCGCGGGGUACGUUGACACACUGGCUUUUCAAUCCAUAUCAUUGGUCUAUUACCAGAUUUAGCACCUACUAAAUAUUUGUUUACCUUCGACUAUAUGUGCAAUAUGAACAUUACGAUGGAAUUAAUUUUGAUAAUGUUUGUAUUUGAAUGUUGAUUAUAUUGCAGAAGUAUUUUUAUACAAAUAGAAUAGCACUUACAAUAUUAAUCUACCUCAUCAGUGACUAUAUCUAUCGAAGAGCCGAUAUAAUAAUUAACUAUACAUUGUUGUUUCGUUCAAUAGAAAGCAAUAAAUAACUGUUCAUCAUACAAUUUUGGACCCAGUUGGCCUACCUCCUAGAUAUGAAUAAAUUUUUAACAUAUUUUGUACAAUAUAGUAGUUAAGUGGUGACUAUACUAACUUAUAAUACGGCAGUCGCUGGUGUCCGUUCUCGUCCCGGUUUCGGCCGCGACGCGACACGCGACGUGCGACAGCGCGCAGGCACACGCGCCAAGGUACUGUAUAGUGUAUACCAUACCAAGUACCUACAUAAAGUACUAAAUUUGUAAACAUACGUACAAACUGUUUUAAGCAGAAUAAACAAUAAAGUAUAAGUUAAUAUUGUUGAGAAAAAAUUUGUAUAACAGAAGUUUUCUUCAUAGCAAUAAUGAAACAAAAUGAAACAAUUAUGAAACUUAACUACCUCAUGUAACGAGUAAUAGGAUUAAAAUGGCGUUGUUGUGAGGACGGGCCCCGGGCUGCCGCUGCCGCCGUUCGCCGCUGAAACCGAUUACCUCAACUUGCCUUCCGUCUUGUACUCCGUAGUAUAAUGUAGUGGGUGCCGCGGCAUGUGGCAUGCGGCAUGCGGCUGCGGCACCAGCGCACUGCGCAGGCGAGGCGGCGGCGGCGCGCUCACCGGUGUCCGAGAGCAGAUAAAUAUAUAUUUUAGUAGACGUGGUUAUCUUUCAUACCGUUUAAAGCACACACUUAGAAAUAACAGUUUAAUUUUCACUAAUGUAAAUAUUAAAAUAACGAUAAAUUUGUUAUUUAUCAUAUUCUAUUAUCGUAUCCAUCGAUAGACUUAUUUUGUAAUAAGUUUAACGUAGUGAUUACAAGUUUAUAACAAUAGUUCAUAAGUAUAAUUGAGAGACGUAAGUUUAUGUGAUGAUUAUGUUUGUGUAUAACGAUUAAUUUAAAUAUCAGUUACCAGGUGAUUUCUGUUACAUUGAGUUGAGUAAAAUUGGGAAAGUUAUAUACGAUAAGAUGUUGUUUUCUUUGAAUUGUUCCCUCGUCCGAUCAUGUCGAUACUUCUGUAGCAAAGACAUAUAAGGAGUGAUGUUGAAUUGGUUUUUUUUAUUCAAAGGAAAUUUGUUUACAAUAAGCGUAGCGCAAAUUUUACUGGUGCCCGGGCUCGGGUCAGCUCCCGGCAGCCAGCGCGCCGAGCGGCCGCCGCGCCGCGCCGCGCGCUGCUGGCGCGCGCUGGCUCCUGCCUACGCACUCUAUAGACCUAAGUUUUACUAUAGCUACCUUAGAUUAAGGCGACAGAUCUGUUAACACCGCUAUGGCGAAAGUUUACUUCUAUGUCACUGCAUUGCGUUACGAUUUGUUCACCAGUUCGUACUCAAACAACGAUUGCUAAAAUAUAGUAUAUACCUAUACCAUUCUAAAUUAUGUGAUACUUGCCUUGGUAGCAUACAUUAUAAACGUGAGUUAAGUAUGUACUGAGAACAAAUCAAAUUAUAUUUAAUAUGCGAAAAUGGUGUAUGUUUCUCGCUCCGCGAUUUUUUCUGUUAUUUAGGUAUCGCAGCGAGAGUUGAGCAUCAAGUUCGUGUGCCCUUUCCAUACGUGACACCUGUGUCCGACGACAAGCCACUGUGAACCUCAAGUCUCGCAGCGCUACCGGUACUAUGUCUAUUGUUUUGUAUUUUUAUUCCCAACACCCGGAGUCUACUGUACCUAAGGACUUGUUCGCUCAAGUACGUACGUAUUGUAUGUAUAGUCACCCUAAAUUACCUACUCGUUACCUGUAGCUUUAGUGGUUGUUUCUGAUCUGUCAGUAAAUAUAAAUUUAAUGUGAAA